AUUUCCCGCAACAGUACGAAAAUAGGGGAAUGCUUGUUUUUCAAUCACAACCGGUGGAAGCUCAGAUGUCUGAUUUCCUCUUGUCACGAAUAUCAUUUUGUGUCUCGCAUCGAAUGCGCAGCAGAGCUGUUGCCCCACUGGGGCCCCGUACCACGCUUGUCUUCAUUUACAUUGAUGACCAUCCGCAUGCACGGAAACAUUUCUCUCUCUCGUAUCAAUCAAAAACAAUCUGUCCAAGUCCCCUCUCAGCUCUCAGGCACAAGGGAUGCCCUUGUUCGUAGAUUACCUACCGCCUGAAAGAGCCCGGCGUAACGUCGUUCUCUGUUCCAACGGCCACAUGAGAAACUGCUGUUCUUAUGUGCAACCGCAUGAUACGACCUCACUGAUUUUGCGUUCGAUGAAGUGGAGGCAUCGUCGAAGCCCCAGACAACAACGAAGAGCUCCGGACCCGAAUCGCCACCUCUGGCAAAGUUUCCCACCCGACCUCUUACCAAAAUGGAAUGCCACUCGUCCCCCCCUGCCGCCUGAUCUGCUGAAAGCUUCGUUCCGGCAGAACCGACGGAGUUCCUAACUUGUUGAAAGCAUUCUGCAACGUUGCGUACAUGCUAGGAAAAAAGUAAUCACUGGAACGUCAACGACCGCUAUGAAUAUCAGACACAUAUACUUGAUUCCUCUCAAACGAUGGGCGAUUGGUAAGGAAGCUUAGCUGAGUUCCUUGCAAGAUGACGGUUUCGUUGCCACUCUACAUUUUUCAAUUCUAUCUGGAUCUUGGCGUGGUAAAGCCUCAGAUGCCGACACGUACUGUGCAAGGAGUUAACGCCGUUUUGAGCCCGAGAACAACUGCCAACUUUGAGAAUGGUAUCCCAGUCGCUCAAACGCUUAACGCACUCUUUGCGAGACACCGCCUUCCUAGUCGCAUCGAUAUAACUACGCUUUCGUGUUCUCAAACUCAUGCGGCUUGUGAGGCUAACUGGCGUUCCCUUAUUACGCCUUUGAGGCAGCUAGGCGUGGAAUUGGGGGAAGACGACGCAGAAGCGGUUGCCCUGGGUGACCGCUCGCUCCUGGAGAGCCUUCUGACAGAAAUUUACCAGAAACACAGACGAUGGCUUUCGAAAGUCAAUCGCGAGCUUUCUGCAGAAAGAAGGAGCAUGUCGAACACCAGGAAACAGGUUUCUAGAGAAACGCAUCCUGCGCGUCAAGGCUACUACGCAAGGUUAGUUUGCCCGCUCCAUUUAAAGAGAUCCAACAUCCAGUGCGAACGACGGCACGAACUGCAUUCAUCACACAUCUAUCCACCUGUACCAUGGUUUCCGUUCAUACCGAGCAGUUUGGUCGGUAGGACCUCGGUGGAUACGGAAAAGAAAUUCUGCAAAGCUGAGUUAAAUAAAACGAACACUAGGCAACAUGUUGUGUCCGAGACUGGGGGCUGAAAUGGGAGAGCCGGCACACGACGAUAGCAAAACGAUGCUGCCUGUGCAAGUCGUUGUACUUGAACAGGGAACUGUGGCACAGAAAUGACAGUUUUGAAUGUAUCUGUUCAAUGAACCAAAAGCCAAUUGCACUGUAGAGAUCAACACGAAGAUCUGCAUGUUCGAUGAAUGGCGAUGGGUUGCGUGAUUGUCUCAUGCGAUCCCUGAAGGAAAAGAUGAUGCGGUUCGGUCACAUCGUUUGGUGAACCUCCGGUUGGAUCGAAAGGAAUCUGUGACGCGAAAAAGGACACCGUUGGGGACUGAAUUAUCGGCUGUGUUCACACUGUUGUAGAGUAGUGUCUGAUGCUGCAUUCACACCUAUCGAAAAUGGUAAACGUUAUCCAACAAUAACGAUAUCUCCAUUCACACGUUUAGGGUUCUCUUACCACGAGACCGGAAAAGCCACUGAUCUCUUUGUCUCCCAAUCCCUAAACGUGCAAAGAACGAAAAAUAUCCGUUUUCUGUGCUCACUUGUCGGCCGGUGAGUUAGACUCGCCGCACAGCGCGAACGAGCUUCGACGGGAACACGGUCUUCCUCCAUUUUGACUUCUCGUGAGGCUGAAGCGAAGGAAAUUUCAAAACGCCAAAAAGACCGACUCCCGAACCGAGGACAAACUGGUCACCUAAGUCUGUCAGAUGGGCAGUAUUUUCACAUAGAAGGGGAACUCUCGUCUGGUCAUCACAACGUCAUUGCGGCUGCACCUGCAGAAGGCGAAGAUACUCCGCCGGCGUCCUCUGUUGCCUCCGACGUUUCCGCCUCAUCGGUUGCUCUACGGAGGGGGAAUCAAACAAUCGAGCGGUUUGUGCCACCACGGGGUCAGGUAAACCGGAGAGGCGAGGACUGUCCAGCUGCCGGAGACACAGAAACCAACACGAAUGCACUGGGAAAGACGAACUCGCGAGAAACGGUCUUUUCGACCGCACAUGGAGGAAACAGUGGAGAGCGGCGUCCUUGCCAGCACCAGCAACGUUCUAUGCAUAUUCGUCGAGAAAGGAUCCCCGCCUCGUUUCCGACCGAUUCCUCUAAUUCUUCUGCCGCGCCUUCCACGUCGCAGCCAGUUCCUCCAUCCUCGGUUCCCAACGCCUCCUCCACUCUUCUCCCAUAUACUGAGGAUAAGCGCACCCACUCUCCCGCAGCGUCGUUGUACGUAACUCACCAUCAGGCGCCAGUCGCGACCAGGUCUGCGGCUGGUUCUGCCCCGAGUUCUGCUGCUACGUCUUCGUCUUUUAGCUUGUCUCCCUCUUCUGUGCCCUGUCGCAUGCUUACUUCCCCCUUGAGCGAUACCAACAGAUCUACGGCUGGGCUGCCCUUGUCCCCGACCGUCGUGCAGCGAAGCAUCGCACCUCACUCACACACUGCGCAGUCGCCUCGUUCCUCUAAAGUGGAGAACAUGGCGCCGUUGCCUCGGCGGUGUGUGGGGUCGUCUUCGUCUCACCACGGGUCGCCUAUGCUGUCCUCUCCUCCGCCUCCUCACUCGCCGUCUGCGGUGCGCAGAGAGAGACAGGCAACCUCUCACUCUUCUUCCAGAUCCACUGUCGCGGCUGGCGACCCUGUGGGCGGCUGCUCUUCCCGGGAAGAAUCCGCAGUGGCGCCUCUCCCGUUCCUACCGAAGAAGCGGGAGCCUUGGUCUGUCGUCUGCCCGGCUCCGCCUCUCAGUUCCUCAGCUCACUCGCGCGCGCCACUCUCUGGGUCAGCCACCGACCAGCAAGUGGAGGACGCGAUUUUCCACAGGAGUCAAGAAAACGCGCCAAGGAAGCCAACGGCGAAAGCGCGUGACGCGGCGGCAUCUCCUUCCUCACUGCCUCCUGUCUCUUCUUCUUCAGUUUCUGCGUUUCUUCUGGAUGAGAGGAAACUGCAAGAUGACGCACACCAGCGUCGCUUACGGUCUCCUGGAAGAGACGCGUCGUUCUGUUCACUCGACUCUUCGUCCUCUUCGUCGCCUCUAGAGCCUUCGUCUCGCUCCUCUUUUGCCUCGUUUUUUCCCUCUAUCAAUGCCACCGGUUCAGUGACGCCUCUCUGGCCUCAGACCGCGGCUUCAUCGUCUCUCCCAGACUGUGGAGGUAACCGACAAGUCUCUCGCACUUCUUCGGAUUGUCCGACGCAACCUGCAUUUCAUUCCGAGGCCCCUUCGCCUUGUUCUUCAACUCGGGCGCUGCCUCGUUCCUCCCCUUUCCACGUCCGCAGAGAAGCAGACUCUCCGCCUGAGCUGCAUGACGGUGUUGACUGCGAAAUGCGAGGCAGAGCAGAGCAUUCAGUCCAGGAGCCUUUGCCUUUCUUUUCGUCGCCACCUCCGUCUGUCAUUCCACAGCAUUCGCCACGCUCCACAGUCAUCCCGGCUUCAGCCUGGUCCAGAAGAUCGCUUCCUCGAGGGCCUAGCGAGCCUGACGCCGACUUAGGACCUCUCACAUGCUCUUGGCCCAGGAGGAGAACAGAAGGAGAGGAUGAGACGGAACCGAUAGGAGAAGAAGAUGCGAGCUCAAGGAGCAGAGGCAUAGACGAAAUAGAGAGAGAGCGAAGACCCUUCAACUGUGAAAUAGAGCAUAGAACAAGAGCCAGAGCGUUGCAAGGGCAAAGAGAGGACGGCGAACGUGAUACAGACUGGGACUCUGAAAUGCGCCAAACUGAACGCCGUUCAUUGCGUAGACAAAUCCGCUCACAAAACAGUGGAGCUGAAAGUAUAUCUGGUGUUCAAAAUGACCAACAAAUCGUGAGAGAACCACUUCCGUGUACCGCGAAAGAACAACUAUCAGGCCUCUCACCAGCUGGAGACUCGAGUCCUAGCUCUUCAUUAACAUCACAUCGUGUUUCAGUGUCAAACCCUCUCCUCAAACGUCCCUCGGUUUAUUUCCCGGAGGAACUACAGAACUGUCCAUCUUGGGGUACGACCUUUUCCGAUCUCUGUCGUUCUCCCCACUAUCGCGUUUCUUCGGUGGCACUUGGCCGUUGUGUCAAGCCUCGGCGACUGCGCUUUCGUCUUCCUACACCUUGUCGGCCAAGUCGAGCUACUCGCGCAACCUCCACAGAGCGUCCCUCCACUGUUCAGGUCUCCAUGAAGGCCGCUUGCGUGUCUUUACAGUACCAGGGAAAUUGUCGGUCUCCGUUACCUUUUUCCGCUUCUUCGUCGCCUCCUUCGUCGCCUCCUUCGUCUCAGUGCCCUUCAGAGACACACAGCGGUUUCGAGGAAAUGAUCGAAGAUGUUGACGAAACGGAAGAAAACAGUUCUUCUUCCCGCGUCGCCAUCGAGUGCGCCGCGAUUGGCGCUGCUUCGUCGUCCGCCUCAACAGAAGAGGCGAGGCGAGACGCAUGCGGGAAGGCGAAGGAGAAGAGACGUCACAAACGUGGAGGAGGAGGAAGAGGCGCAGUGUCCUCUCCAUCUCUGAGAACUUCUGCUCCGCGUACGUUUUCAGCUUGGCCUUCUGCGCCCCCGUUUCACUCCCGGCAAUCAUCGUCUUCCCUCGCUGCGUCAGAGUUCCGCGACGCGCCAGUCCGUACGAAAAGAGGGAACUUGACCGUAGACCGACGAAGGGCGCAGACCUGCGAAGAGGCCUUCGUUCUUGCGACAGAGAGAGCAUUCGGAGUCACCUGGAGGGAGGCUGUAGAGGCCGUAAAGAAGAAGGCAGGAAUGUUCAGAAGGCUUCAAACUAUUUUCGCCGAAGACGAAACGCGCUUUCGAGUCGGUAUGCGUCUGUGGGCGGAAGAGUUCCUGGCUGCAGAGCGGAACGCAGGCGAAGAACGAGGGCGCCACAGACGUCGUCGCGGGCAAGGCGACGCAGGGCAAGAAAGAGCAGACGCAGGGCAAAGAAGGCGAAAAACGGAAGACACCGACGAACUCCGAGACCCAGGAAAAACAAGAGAUGGACCCUGUGGAAACCAGGCACGGAGCCAAAGUAUGCAUGCGUCUGAAGAGACCCCCCGCAUUCUCACGGGAAAGCUUCUCGACGACCUCGUUAAAGCGAUGGCAAAGGACUGGAAAAAGCUCCCCAUCGUCCUCGACAUCUUCAGAGAAGGUGCCUUCUUUUGCGGGUCUCCCUUCCUCCCGCCUAACACGAACGACAGUAUUACCGCUUUUUCCUCGUCCUCCACUUCGUCUUCAGAUCGCUGCGGUUUGCGCGCUUCAGCCUUGGCAUCCCCUGUUUGCGUUUCUUCGUCUAUUUCUUCUCACCUUCUUCUCUACCUUCGUGUCCUUUCAAGUUUCCUUCUGCAACUCGACCAUUUCUACAGAGACCUUGGGGGCUUUCUUCCUCGUCUUGUUCGUUCGUCCUCUGCCUCUGCCGCCUCGUCCGCCUGUUCACCUCCUCUUAUUACUGAGCUUGCAAGACUUCUGCAUGCGAUUCUCUCUUCGGCGCCCAGCCUCGCUCUCCCGACAGCUUACGCCGUUUCGCCCUCUGCCCGACUGCCUUCCGCGCCUUCUUUCAGCUCUUCUCGGAGCUCUCCUGGCCGUUCGUAUCUCUCGACGUCUGCGGUCUGCUGUGUGUCUCCGCCGUACUCUGGCUCAACUUCGUCUGCACCUUGGAUGGCCUCUCCCCGAUUCUCUCGAAGACUUCCUGCCUUCUUCUGGCAAUCCUCACGGAUUGAGCACACUGAGGAAUCCACGAGUGUUUCGUACAGAACAACAGUGCGGUCGGCGAAGGCAGAGGAAAGCCUUGCUUCUCUCGGAGACCUGGUGGCGCAACUGCUCGCCUUUCUCGGAAAAGAAGACCCCCGUCGCUUUCUCAGGGAAGUGAUCCCUUCAGCUCUCAACGCAGACGAAGAAGCGUUCGCUCUCGUCGCCCUCAGACUUGUGCCUCUCUGGGGAGAAGGACUGAGGAGUCUCCUGCAGGGUGCAGAGAAGACUAAGAGAAAGAAGGCAGAGCACCGACGGACUGAUGGGGGAUUUGACAAGCGAGGGCCGCUGGAAACCGUGCUUCAUCAGAGAGAGGAGCGAGGCGAACUAGAAACAGACGAAAGCGAAGAGAAAGAGGGGAGAAACGAGGAGAAAGAGAGAACAACCAGAGAGGACCCAGUUCGAAAUAAUAGCGGGGUGAAGAAGACAUACCGUCACGAAGAAGCAAUGCGACACACUCACACAGGAUACGAAACGGCAAACCUAGACGAAGCGUGGAUUGAGACGUGGACUGCUGCGACCGAGUAUUUGUUACAGUUCUGUUGCAGUGAGAUUUCUGUCCUAUCUCUUGCACCUGCCGCUGCACGAGAGGCCUCCGUGGAUACAGGGAAGAGCGAAGAAGAGAUCUCUCCAGGGACAGCUGCCUUUGCUUUAUCCAAAAGUCCACUUCUUCUUCAUCUGGCUCUCCUCGUCAAUACCCUCCGCCACUUAGGACCCUUCCUCGUGAGCCCACAAACUGCAGGUGAAAACGCUGCUGCAGCAGAGACGCGAGACAUCGAAACUCACGCUCAGCCUGCGUCCUCGGAAAAGAGGAGACGAAAGGAAAAGAAUACUCUCGUCCAAACGCUCAAUCACCUUUCGAAUCUCCUCAGACACCCAAGGGCGACCGUUCGCCAGGCCGCAUCGUGGCACACUGCGACGCUUCUGGUGUCUUGCUGGUCAAGCCAUUCUUCGCGCUGCGGUUCGUCUCCCCUUGUGUCUCCGCCUGCCGCCGUCGGAUUCUCUCCUCUUCACUCUCUGCUGAGUGUCGACACGAAAGACGGAGACGCGCGGGACCUGGGAGAAAAGGAGGCGAAGGCUGGAGGGGAACCUACAGAGGGAACCAAAGUAAACGAGGCGGCGAGGAACGCGAGAGGGCCUCUCGCCUUGCGUCGAGAGGUGCAGAACGCGCAACGCGAAGCAAGGGGAGCAGCCAACAGCGGAAAGGAAGAAGGCAAAAUCGAGAAAUCUUGUACUUGUCGAGCAGGCAUCGAAACAGCCUUCUCACCACUUGCGUUGCUGCCGCUGCUAUGGGAGACAAAGGUCGUCAGCUGGGAGGGGUCGGCGGAGCAGUCGGAAGUGAGCAGACACGGAGUAAAGGAGAGAGAGAGUGAGGAAGAAGAGGUCACUGAAAGAGCAGACCGAGCAUACAGUGGAAAAUGGAGGAGCCGGCUUGAUCUCCAGACGCCGAAACAGAACGCCUGGCAGCCAGAGCCCGCGCACAUUUUUCUCCACCUCUUAGAAGAAGAUCGAAGAGUUCCACGCAUUGACACGCCCGCCGUCCUGGCGCAUGCACUUCCUGCACUGCUUGCCCUGAGGCCUGCAUCACUCCGUCCUCUCCAUCUCGACCUCCUUGCUGCUUUUCUUCUGCAUCCGAGGACCGACCGAGGAGCGGCUCAGCAGAUCGUCGACGUCCUGGCAGAGGUCUACAUCCGCAAUAUUCGCUGUUCUUUCGCAUCUCGCUUCUCUGCCGGAACUCAUGCUACUGACCCAGUUUGCUCUUCUUCGCCAUACGCGCCGUUGUGUGAUCUGGACUCCAGUCUGCGGCCCCUGGGGAGUGAAGCUGUAGGAGAGCAAGGGAACAAGAAGAACGACCUGGGCGACACAAACGGCCCUAUUUUUCCAUCGACGCAGCACGGAAUCCUUUCGGUUCUUUUUUUGGCUUUCUGCUUUUCUCCGUCUCUGAGAGAGAGCUGCUGGCUGUCGACCUGGCUGCCGUCCUUCCUCGAUCAAGAAGAAACCACCCUGCAAGCUGAGAUGCAGAGACAACGAACUCGGAGUCAGCUGUCGAGCGCGAAGCAGCUGGAGAGGCUACAGACGCCACAGCAAGCGUAUCCUCCGAUGGAGGCCGGAGCCUUCGGCGGUGCCGCCAAAUUCUUGUUGGGACGCGUCGAGGAAGAAGAGCGACGAAGCCGAGAACAGCGACGCCUGGCGAGGAGCCACGGAGACGGCGAGGAGGCUGACCAGCGGCGCGCGUGUGACAGGGAAGGCGACCAAGCAGCACAGCUGAAAAAGAAGGAAGUCCUGCAGAACAUAAGAAUCCUCUGUGAGACGCAUCUUGGCACGCUCCCACAGGGGCGAGAGGAAAGCAGAUUCCCGACGCUGGAAGCGAACGAUGAGGAAGCAGAGGAAAAGCAGAAGGAAGGCCCGAGCGCGAAGCUGGCGGCGUUCCAGCAGCCGGACCGCGAUCUGAGGCCGAGUGUGUCAUUUGAAGGAGAACAUCUUGGAGAAGCGAGGAGGAGACACUCGACAGAGAAGGACGCCAACAUGACGACAGAGGUCACCUCUCGUAGAGAGAACAAGAGGCAGCCUGCCGUACGUUCUGCCCCUCCACACCCUUCUUCGAUUUCUUCUUCCUCUUCCCCUCGUGUGUCUCCUCAGUCUCCUGCCUCGCCUUGCUGUGUUGCCGCGGUCCCUCGCGAGAGUGCGUUCGAAGUCGAAGCAGCAGGAGGUCGGACCUCGCCGGUCUGUUUAGUGCCUGUGAGGGAGGCAUUAGCAGACGUGGAAGCCAGGCGGCCUCUAUGGGAUGCAGAUGGAAGAGGAGAGAGAGGCGUCGGAGAGAAGGAGACAAGUGACAUGUCACUUCAAGAAAGGGAGACUGCGUUCUGUUUACGAGACGCCUGCCAACGUGGCGAAGGAGACAGCAAAGGCAACGAAGAAUCGAGAGAAAAUGCUUCACCGGAGGAACACGAGAGGAAUACCCGCAAGGAGCUGACUUCGUUUCACCUCCUUGAACAUUCAGACCGACGCCCACUCUCUCCGGAUUUCUUGGCACGCCUUUCCUCUUCUUUCUGCGAAGAAUCCAGAGUGACGGGCAGACACGAAAGCGGACGAGAGGGGCGAGGGAGACAAGCAGAAGAGAAGCGGGAGGAGGAGACAGCAAGCCCAGGAGAUGCCGCGGCGGAAGAGGAGUGCUGCCUUGUCCUCACGUCAUUUCGUCGAACUGUAGCUUGGGUUCUGGCUAGUCUCCAGGGAGGAGAGAGACCGAAGAGGCAGCCGAAGGACGUAAUUUCAACAUCGACGCUGCCUCGCCUUCUGCCGCUCUUUCAACUCUCAGCAGAUUCGGAGAACAGAGAGGUUUUGUUCGCGUCUUGUCGCCUGCUCAAACAGCGACAGAAGUGCCAAAUGGACGAUCCAAGAAGCGGCGACGCCACAAGAAGCGGCGUAUGUGGCAGAGGCGCGGGUGGGCAAGACGCGCUUCCGCUUCCCCCCGGUCCGACUGAGAUCUCUCAGGACGAACUGGGUCUUGUGAUUUCUCAGCUGGCCUUGCUGACAGGACAGCGAGCGUGUUCUGCGCCGAAGGCUGGUUUACAGUGUCCUUCCUCUUCCUCUUCGUUCUCGCGGAGGGCUUCUGGAUGUUGCCUGGGAGAAGAGAGAGUCCUGCCUCUGCUCCAACACCAUCGAAGCAAGACUCUUCUUCGUUUCUUCCUCCGUCUACUGGGCGACAGCGAAACGUUGCCGCACGCGUCGACUUGGGGCGUUCGAGACUCCCUGCUGGGAGACCUGAAGCUUCUUGAGAAGGAUCUGCUUCAACGUCGCCUUUCCUCGCUCAACGCAGAACUGCAGAACGCCAUGGUUUCUGCCCGCCCUCCAGGAAGCUGCCGCGCUUCCUCUCAACCGCCAGGCACAAACAGCCAAGACACGGGAGCCACGCGACCCGAAGAAUCCAUCGGAAAUUGCUGGCGCCCUGGGCUCCACGCGAAUUUAAGGAGACAAAGAGACGAUGAGAGACUAAGACAAGACCUCUUCCAUCUUUCCAGAAGGCGACUGAAGCGGUCGCAGUCUUCGCCUUGUCUGGAGCCUGUCGGACGCGGACUGGGCGAAGACCAGGCGGAGAAACAGACAGACAGGUCCUUCUUUCGAAGUGUGCGUGCAUCAGAAGAGGCCGCCCUAGAGGUGAUGCUGGCAGCAGGAAAUGAGGAGCCUGGCGGAGUCUCAGGCGAGGCUCCUGCCGCCGAAUCAGGGGCCAGAUUCAAACGACAGGGGCAUGUUGAAGAAGGCGAGGCACAAGAGAACGAAGGGAUGAAGCAGCUGAGGUGUGAGAGCGUGGCGGACAUGGAUAUUCUUGAGAACGAGCACAAAGCACUAAAUCGCCCCGCAGAAUGUGAUCGAGAAUUCUCUCCGGCACCGAAGAGCAGGAUGGCAGGCUCACAAAGAACGAGACAUUCUGUUUCUACUGAUUCGUCAAAGGCACACAUCGCUUUGGUGUCUGACAACGCCCAGACUGGUCCAGCUUCGCCUUCUUUCUCGUCGCGGUCUCCUCGCCAGGCUUCAUCAGAUUAUUUCUCGUCUAUGUCGUUAUCUUGUGACAUCCAUGCGUCUUCCUAUUCGCCGCAACCUUCCUCUGGAGGCCCAGCGCCUACCCCGUCUCUAUCGCGUCCUCAGUCUAAUUCAAAGAUUCAUGGAGACUCGCGGGAGUGUGGCCAACAAACGUCAAGUGGUAUGAGCACGCGGGCGAAUACGAUGGAAAGCAAGAGAAAUGAAGAAAUGCCGACCACGGCGUUGCUUCAUUCCGGCUUAUUGAAGAACGAAGCUUUGAGAAAGCGUGCAGCCAUGCUCCUGAGAGAGCAGGAAAAACGGCGAAAGGCGCAUGUGCGUUGGCAACACCGAGUGAAGGAAGUGCGACUCCAGCAAGGCGCCAUCGAGGCGUUCCGGCGGAGAAAGGCAGAGGAGGCAGCUGCGGCGUCUCAGAGGGCACUUGACGAGGCAAUACGCGGACGAGAAGCAGACAAUGCCCGUCGCCGACGGAGACAGAACGAACUGAAUCGAUGCCUUCGCUCGUCCUCCUUUGCUGCAUUUCCUCGCGCGACAGUCUCUUCUUUGCCCAGCUCUUCCCAACGACACCCACCGGAACUGGUCAAGGAGAAGCCUGAAAGAUUAGACCGCUCUCUCCCGCGGCCGCCAUUUCGUUCCCGAUCGGCAGAUAACCGAGGGAAAGGCGAGGAGGACGGGUUCGGUCGCCAGGCUGAUGGGGACGCGAAGCGAGCGCUCGUGGUGGGGGCAAGUCGAAAUGAAGGAGAGACAUCCGGCACAAGCAAAGUCGCCUCGUGCCUGCCCUUGAGCGCACCUUUGUCACCACCCGCCGAUUCAACUUUUUCGUCGCUUCUGUGUGGCGUUUUGUCUCCCUCAUGCAGUGCCAGCCCCCACACUCCUUCCAGCUCUUCUUCUCGUCCCGCUGACUGGGCUUUUUCCUCUUCCUCGUCUUCCGCAUCAUGCACUUCUUCUUUCUCUCGUGUUCCACCUUCUAUGUCCUGCCCUCUCGUCUCUCAUCCGCUCAUUCCAGCUCCAGGAUCAAAAUCGGAUGGAGAAGGAGAAGCAAGGAGAGCUAGCCAAGAAGACAAAGCGCAGACGGCCUUAGCCUGCGGGACUCAAGCUCCUAUUGGCCUGCGCCAGGUCUCGGUGACAUCUCCUCAGAAGAAGGCUUGCCCUUCCUCCAAUUCUUCGGCAUUCUGUAUUCAAGAGCGAGGUAGUGGCAGCCAUAAUAUCAAGCUCUGUUCGUGCACGUUUUCUGCGGCUUCCUCGAAUGACCAAGGUAGUCGAAACAACUGCUGGGCCGCAUCCUCCCCUUCGGAUCCAGCUGUCGUUUCCUCCGUGUGUGUUCAUGAGGGAGUGCCUAUGGAACAAAAAGCAAGAGGGCCGUGCAAAUCGAGCAACCCCCCAGACCAAAAGGAAUCACAAGGAAGGAGGCACGAACAUGAAAAGCUCCGAGAACACGAACAGGGCAAAGUGAAGGAAGAAGAAAACGAGACGUGUGGAGACUGUGCGGGAAGAGAGACGAAAGAUAUGUCAAAUGCAAGAAGUGGGGAAACGAGGGGUUCACAAAUUUCCUCGCAGGGGAGUCAGCGGCAGUCCUCCGGUGUGCCGUGCUCUCUCGAAGGCCUGGUGGACCGCCUUCGCCGGGGACGACCAAGAGAGAUCAAGGAAAAGCGAGAGAGACAGAAAGCAAGAGAGGAAGCGAUUCUGCAUUCGCACGAAAUCCAAAAGACUUUUCGCGAGCACGCAGCAGGUCUGAAGUUGAUAUUUUGUCAAUUCCGAGAUCCAGUUACAGACUCGAUUCUGGAAAAGAACUGGUGUCGCUUCUCUUCCUGCUUUAAUCUUCUACCCCAGCGGGAAAUGCUGAAGAUAUUUAGACAGGUCGCAGGGAGGCGCAUGUCUGCCGGCGCUCUGCAGGACGCCCUCGUGCACGUGGCCGCAAGUGCCAACGGCCUCUCUCUCUCGGUAAAUCCUCUUUCGCCCUUACGUUUAUCAUGCGGCGCUCAGCAUUACCGACAGUCUUAUAUCUUACACGCGCACUAUCACAGUAUUUUAUAUAUAUCACAGUAUUUUAUAUACCUAUGGACCUACAGACACAUGUUAGCAAAUCCAGCUGUCGAGAAAGGAACGAGUGUCCGGUGAGCCGAUACGCAGGAGAAAAGACUUGAAUGUGUGUGUCCUGACGAAGAUAGUCACCUCAGCAAUCGAGAAGACCUCGAUUCCGAAAGUUCCCGUGUUCAGGCCAGCAGUCGUAUAGAAAAAAAGUUGCAAGGGGCGAAAGAUCGCUUCUAAUCUGAGAGCAUUUCCCCAACUAUGACCUAUGGCCCAGCUACAUUUGGGCACCCUUCAUCUUGCCGCGCCUCCGCUCAGGAAACAAGUCUGAGGGAGGCAUCCACGGCUCUACAAUCCGUUCUUCAUCACAUUCGGACGCAUGAAACAAAGGCCCUUCGUGAAAGGAUUCAUGCUUUUUUCGCCAUGGCCACAUACUACCCUCAGUUCCACCCGGGCUGAGUACGGACAGCAAAUGCGUUUCUAGUUGAGGUUUCUCGUGGAGCGUCCGGGGCGGUUAAGCAAACUGAGUUCCCACGCUCAUUGCAUCGGACGCGUGCGAGUAGGCAAACGACCGGAACGGACGAAUGUGGAGAUUUUUGACGAUAUCUGGACCGUAAGCUGUCGAAAAGAUGCAUCGAGGCGAUGGUUCACCUCGCCGUGUGUGCCCGAACUGUGCAAGACUCUAUCUAAGGCCUUUCAGCGCUGUGAGUUCGUUACUGUUACAAAGCCGUCUUCUAACUCCCCUGUCCUGAGAUGAACACGAGUAUGUGAGGCUCUGAACAGUGUGGCGAGAUUAAAGGUUGUACCUUUAUAGGGCAGACCACGCGUAAAGCGUUCAAGAUCUGCGAUGCGAACAAAGGUCGAGUAGGGUGACAGGCGAUGUUUAUAAAACUCAUGGUCUGAAACAGCUGGAG